UGGAAAAUGGCUGUGUAGUGGAGCAGGGAGUCGUGAACGGGAAAAGAAAGAAAGCAAGAGAAAGAAGGCGAAGCAGUAAGUAAGCACAGGUUUUUCUAAAAGUUUUAUGCACCUCGAGAAGCUUUCGUCCGCAGAAAAGGCACCGCACGGAAUCGGUCGUCCACUUCGAAGAGUUUGAGCGCCGCAGACAAAAAAGUGAGAAGAGUCAAGAAAUAUCCGCGGGUUGGUCAUUAUCUCUGUCCGGAUCAUGUGGUAGCUUGAGAGAACCUCAGAGGAUUAAGGACCUUCCCACUCUGCCACUCAUUGUCCAAUCAGACCACUUCUUUUAACCGCGGAGCCGACGACACAGGGCCCUCGGCUUGCAGAGAAUCUCCUACCAGGCUGCUCCAAUAGCACCCAGCCAGCAGGUUUCCGCUGCUUGAAGGAGCAUGUUGCCGACGCGCUCCCUCUGCUCCAUCAUCUGGCUCAACCGGGGUAUCAAGCUGCGGAAAGUGCACCAGUCCACCAACAUGGGUCAGGUCUGAAAACCGCUGCAGACACAGUCACAACCGCAGCAGAACGCUACCUUUUUCAAGUUUUAAAAUGCUUCUAAGCUUCGGGUGAUUCCCCGUCCUCCCCUCACCCUCCCCCCGUCCGCCUCUGAACCAACACGGACACCGGAGUUUAGUGACUCCACAGCCUCUUUGGUUUUCUGCUGUUGCAGUGGGACACGCGCUGCACUACUUAAUCCUCUGUUUGGUGGCCAUUUUGAUUCUCGCCUCCCAGACAAAAUGGCGGCUGAAGGUUUUCAGUACCUCGCCCUCUACUCAUUCACCAAGGACCAGGAGGAGGACUUGGACCUACAGCCCGGGGACCUUCUGACUGUCAGCAAGGCGUCUCUGCUGUCCAUGGAGAACUACGAGGAGGGCUGUGAGGAGCAGCCGGAAAGCCUCGGCUGGCUUCUCGGGUACAACGAGCGCACCAAACAGAGAGGAGACUUUCCAGGGACGUACGUCAAGUACGUGGGCCCCGUCAAGAUGGUUCUUCCAUCGAGUCAACCCCGCUCCCACAGACCCCUACCUGCUGCCCCAAGACCAGAGACAUCUCAAGCUGUUUCUGUGCCGGACUUGAGCGAGCAGUUUACACCACCAGAGACGGCUCCCCCGGCCCUCAUCAGCCUGAUCCAAGCCAUAGAGAGGAGAGGUCUGGACUGUGUAACAUUGUACAGGUCAACUUCAGGUUCCUCAGGGGCAGACAGUCCAGUGUACAGCCUGAGCUCAGAGUGCGAAAUGGGUCAGAAAGACAUGGCUGACCUGUCUGAGUGUGUCCUUCGCUACCUGAGAGACCUCCCAUCACCUGUUAUCCCCGCCUGUAUCUACCCCCACCUUCAGUCUGCUGUCACCCUGCAGCAGCAGCAGCUCCUACAGCAGGCAGCAGACGGUGCUGUUGCUGGCAGCCAUGACAGAGAGCUCAGCCAGGUCCUGGAGAGCUCCACUUCUUUCCCUCUUCAUCACCGUCUCACCCUGCAGUACCUCCUCACACACCUCGCCAAGGUCACUCAGGCACAGGCCAGCAAUGGACUGGACACACAUACGCUGGGGAAGAUCUUUGGACCUCUGCUGAUGAAGACAGGCCCGUCCACUCCUUGGUUGUCAGUGGAUGAUGAGUUACCAGCUCUUGUGGUGGAAAGGCUGCUGAUCGAGAGAACUGCUGAGCGAGACCUCACUCCUCCUGUUCUUCCAGCAAAGCCAGUCAAGUCAAAAAUGGGUCCAUCAGCCAUGACGGACACAAGCAGCCUCCUGAAUGAUGCUGAGUGGUACUGGGGAGAAAUUUCAAGAGAGGAGGUGAAUGAAAAGCUUCGAGACACUCCUGACGGCACCUUUCUAGUCCGGGAUGCUUCCAGUAAACUGGAGGGCGAGUACACGCUCACCCUCAGGAAAGGAGGGAACAACAAGCUGAUAAAAAUUUACCACAGAGACGGGAGGUACGGCUUCUCGGAGCCUCUUACCUUCCUAACUGUAGUGGAGCUCAUAAAUCACUACCGCCAUGAGUCCCUGGCACAAUACAAUGCCAAACUGGACACCAAGCUCCUGUACCCGGUCUCUAAAUACCAACAGCUGGUGAAGGAGAACAGUAUAGAGGAGGUGGGAGAGAAGCUGAAGGUCUAUCACGAGCAGUAUCAGGACAAGAGCCGCGAGUACGACUCGCUGUAUGAGGAGUACACACGCACCUCACAGGAACUUCAGAUGAAACGUACUGCGAUUGAAGCUUUCAAUGAGACCAUCAAGAUCUUUGAGGAGCAGUUUGAGACUCAGGAGCGGUACAGCAGGGAGUCUUUGGAGCGAUUUCAGCGGGAGGGCAAUGAGAAAGAGAUUCAAAAGAUUCAGAGUAACUCAGAGCGCUUGAAGUCUCGUGUGAAGGAGAUCCACGACAGCAAGUGUAAGCUGGAGCAGGACUUGAGAGAGCAGGUGUCCGACAACAGAGAGAUUGACAAGAAGAUGAACAGCCUCAAGCCUGACCUGAUGCAGCUACGCAAAAUCAGAGAUCAGUAUUUGAUAUGGCUCACACAGAAGGGGACAAAGCAGAAGAAGAUCAACGAAUGGCUGGGCAUAAAGAACGAUGCUGAUGACUCCUACUCACUGGAGGAGGACGAGAGCUCUCCCCACCAUGAUGAGUGUACCUGGUAUGUGGGCGACAUCAAACGCACCCAAGCAGAGGAGAUGCUGAGAGGCAAAUGUGACGGCACCUUCCUCAUCCGAGAGAGCCAAUCACAGAAGGGCUCCUACGCCUGCUCUGUUGUUGUGGAGGGCGACACCAAGCACUGUGUCAUCUACAAGACAGCCACAGGUUAUGGAUUUGCAGAACCCUACAACCUGUACUCAUCCCUCAAAGACCUGGUGCUCCACUACAAAAACGUCUCCUUGGUCCAACACAACGACCAGCUGAAUGUAAAUCUAGCCUACCCAGUCCUGGCCCGCUCCCAGAACCAGCACCCUAGAUGAAUUUGCCCACCAGCAGUGUAGGACACCAACAGGGUCGGGAAAAAAUCGUUCCUUCAUAUGCAUUGUGGACAAAAAUGAACCUUUGAACAAUGUUUGUUCUUGUUUAAGUGGUGAUUAAAAAUAGACUCAGACAGCCACAAUUUACAAUUCAUACGCUCUUUUGGCUGGAGGCUGGUGCUUCUUUCCUGCACAGACCCAGUCCAAGAAAGUGCACUCCCUGCUAACAGCAUGGCUUCAAAAUAAGCACAGUACUACCAGAAACAGUGCACUGUACAGUUGGCCUGGCUGAGACAGCGAUCAUUAAUGUGUCGCAUUAGCUAGCCAUGACUGUACAGUACGAGACAUGAAAAUACCUUUGAUACAGAGGGGAAAAAACAGACUAAUUGAGUUUAAAGAAGACAUAAUAAGCACACAAAAUGCUGUUGUUUUUUUAAAUAUGAUCAUAGAGAAGAAACCAGAUGGCAGGAUUAGGGGAAAACUUGCAGGAGGCACUUUUUUGUUUUAUUGCCUUGAAGAUGCGAUAACUGUCCAUAGACAAAGGCCCAAUCUGUCAUCCCCAGACUGCCUGCAAACUCUCUGUCGACAAAAGCCUGAGCUGUCAUCUGCUGAUAGGACUGGCUUGGCUGAACCAGGCUGCUGGCUUCACACCUAAAGGAGGCUGAAAAACCGUGGACCGGGCGGGUGUUGUCACUGGAGUUGGGGCGGCUGGGCUUGGGAUGGAUGUUUUUUGGGUUAUAUCUUUUUUUUCUUUUUAAAGAUUGAGUUUAAAGCUUGCUGAAGUGCCAUAGAAAUAGCUUUGAAUGACCACAAGCCUGUGUCUCUAGAACAAGGAGAGGGCACGCCGAGGUUGAAAAAAAGAAGGAGGGACUGAACGGCUGUUGACAUAGACAGAGCUACAGCUUUAACGUAUACAUACAUAUAGGUCUAUUUUUAUGAAAUUAUCUCUAUUUCCAACUGCUUUGGCAUGUUGCUUUCUCUCAGCGGGCCUCUUUUUGAACUGACGAGGUACAACAUACAGUAAAUACUGUAUACCAGGACAGAUAUGCACGGUACACAUUUGGUUUAUUGUGAAUAGAGAGUCUUUUCUCAAUCACAAUUCACCAGACAGAGAGGUACACUGAUAAAUGCAGUUCCUCUUUAUUUCUUCUGAAUGAAGUUAUGGAAAGACUCCUGCAUCAAACGUCCCUUUGUUUCAAGCUUCCUUCUUUUAUCAUCCUCUUUUAAAGUGUAGCACCUGUAGCCAUUGACUUAAGGCAUAACUGUUAGUGCUCGUCUCACGUGUCUCAUUUUUAUAUGCUAAAGACACUUGUAGAGCAUCAGUCUAUGUGAUUAUUGUAUCUUUGGUACUGUAUUUGCCUUGUCUUUUAGAUUAGACUGUUUUAGCGGUACUUUGUCCUCGCAGAUGUUUAUUGUUGUUUAUUUUUUAAAUGCAGAUUUUACUCAUGGUACUUCCUGCUACUCGCUCUUGCGCUCGACUGUUCAUUUCAUCACAAGCUUGACUCUCAGAGCUGUAGUUGUACAAAAAAGAAAGCAGUAAUAUAACACAUGUACAGUAUAUUUCAGACACACAUGCAGUCAGUGUAUGUGACUUUAUACAGUUUCAUCGCUGUGUUUUCUUUGUUUUGUUUGAAUAUUUGCUAUGCUCUUAGAUUCAGUUUAAGGAUGCACAGUAUCCAGCUAAUGUGAGCCAAAUGAAGGAUGUCUUUUCAUGUAGCAAGAAAGAAAAGAAAAAAAGAACUGGUCCUUUUGCCAUAUAUAGCGUGGCCUCUGUGGUCCGAGAGAUUAUCUAGUAGAGGACGCAUGGAGUCCUUCAUUUGGGUUGUUAUUCUGUUUGUACUAGGCUCCAGUGGUUUAUAAUUGUGCUUUUUGUUGCGUAUACAGUAUGAUGUGUGGUAGUACAGCACUAUGCAUAACGCAGUCGCAUGUGGAUUAUUCGUUUCAAAGUACUUGUGGUCACUUCUUUCAUCUUUUCUGUGCCGUAUUUCCCUCAUGUUUCUGUAGCCUGAGGUAAAGAUUGUACCAUCUUAAUUCUUCGUCACUUUCAAAGCACAGUUCAUUUGUCUUAGGAGUUAUUCAGUUAUUCUCGAGUGCUUGUUAAAAAUGAAAUUAAAGCUCCUGUGAAGAGUUAAGAUUUAUUUCUUAAAUGGAUUGAAAUUGACACUGAUGCCUCUUUAUGAGCUGCAAAAGCAAAUUAGCCUAUCAGCAGAAAGAUUGACUACUUCUAUUUUAGAAUUUUCAGUGUCUGAAAGUGUUGGCGCAGGGUAGGUUUCAGACAAAUUUGAUUACCUGCAUGCUGCUAAAACAGCCAAUUUUCCAUAUCGGAGAUCUGCAGAAAGUGAUUCAUUUGACUGUUAGAAAAAAAAAAAUUUAAUAAACAUAUAAACAGCAAAGAUAUAAGAAAUGCUGUUUUUUCCACAAGGGGGUACAAAAUUCAUCUUAAACUAAAAGCCCCUCACAGGAGAUUUAAAUUUGAGCCUCAUCUUUUAUUAUUUGAGAAUGAAUGAACUCUAAAAUCAGCUUUCUUACAGUAGACUCAGAUUGCCAAAAAGAAACGAAGUUUUUUUGUAGAAAGGUUACGAAGAGUCCAAACAAAACAGGAAGUUUUAAAAAAGUAGUUCACAGUUUCUAAAAGAUGCACAUAUGAAUAUUUGGGUUUAUUUUUGAUGAAUUAUGUCAAAAUCAAACCUGCUUUUUAACUUCUAAAACUAAAUUCAGGUUGCAGCAUUUUCAAAAGUGAACCACCCCGAUAUCAAACCUAACUCCAUCUAAAAUCUUUCAAUCAAGACUUGGGUUUGAUUUCUGUCAGGACGAAUCAAUUGUACUGUACUUUGCACAGUUCUUGGUGUGUAAAAAAUCCAAGAAUGAAAGCCGAAGUGACGGCGCUGCUUCUGAUCAGAGGGCUAUAAAAAGUGUGAGUGAGAAAGAUUAGAAGUGCCUUCAGUCGUCGUGUGAGCUCGUCUUCUAUAAGACUGUGCCGCCACCACAUGCUGUGCUUCUUUUUCACACAUUUGCCAUUUAUCAAAAAACUAAGGGUACCUGGUUAUUGUUGUGUGUGUGUUUGUGUGUGAUAGAGGAGCAUGAUGUAGAUACGAGUGACAGAUUUUAGUUGUGCCUCUUUGUUGUUACAUCUCUAGUUGUUACAUAUUCCUUCUUUCUCUGGUGGGGGCUGUACAGUAGCUUUGGUGCUCUCUCACGGUGCACCAAAACUAGAUUUCUUUGUUGUUUUUUUAUUAUAAUUAUUUGUCUGAUUAUAUUUUGAAUAAAACUCAGAUAAGAUAGAAAUGUGAACCAUAACACAUCCGUAGCCCAGCCCAGUUGUUUGAAGCUCAUCUGAUAAGCUCUCAAGUGAAUGCAUGCAGCAUUUCUCAGUGUUUUUUUUUUUCUGGUUGAGUCAUCCACCGCUGCUCACACAUCAAUUAUCCUCCAGUUUGUUGGACCAACACUUCUGUGACUGCACUUUUAUUUCUGUUCCACACACUUUAAGUAGUGUGUCUAACACCCAACAACCAUAAACUCACAGACAGUGGUGAAGUUCAGUUGUCAAUAACGUUUUUAGUUGAUCUUUCCAUACAAUACAAUUCGAGGGAUUGACAUACUUCUUUAUCUUGUGUACAGUAUAUGCUUUUGUUGUUUUUACAGUCAACAAGUCACGUAAUUUUGAUGCUUUUGACUGAUUGUAAUGUUUUCAAUGUAGAAUUAGUGUGACUUUAUGGGCUGUACAAACUGUAAUACUUUCAAACCGUGUUUAAGAAGAGCUGCUGGCUCGUUAUGCAAUCUGUGUCCACACAGCAAUAAUUGUCCAACUCAACAAGACAAGCAAGACCAUAUUUCCUAAAGGUCGUUUUGCAGGAGCAUGUUUCUCUUACCAUUAUUGCUGUCUAAACAUUCAAAACUUUGGUAUUGUGAAAUUUCAAUCUGGAGAGCUUUUCUUUGAAACUGUUGGUCUCGACCCAUUCGUUGAGAACAACUGUCUUAAUACAUGUAGCUCUAAGGCUCUGCAUGUGAAAGUAGGAACAAAAUGCACAGCUAGCAGUGAUUGAAAACUUUGUCUUUCUAGGCUGGUUUGGCUAAACAAGACAGCUGUAAACAUAAUUUAGAAGACACUUUAUUGCAAAUUCUUGCCAUUUCAACAAGAUAGUUGCAGCUUUUCCCACAUCCGUUCUCCUGAAUAGUUCAUGAUCUAGGUUGUUCUGCCUCAUUUUGAAAGUUUUGCUUGAAUGAAACUGGGAAGAAUAAACAGCAUCUCUUGUUAAGAUGGACAUUUUUGCAGUGUAGGUACACACUCCCAUCUGCCAUAUAUGCCAUGUUAAUCACAGAUGUUUUAAAGCUGGAAGCAAUGCAACUUCAGUAGCAAUGAAACCUGGUCAGGCAGUGAGACGGGAUGAAGACUUUAUUUUUUACGCUUUGACUUGGAGUUCAGACUGAAAUCUCACAUGUGGCAGACGUUCCUCUGACUCUCAAAGCUUUCAUCCUGCUCAUUUAUCAGAUAUGCAUUUGUGUCAGAGCUUCUUGGAAAGCUUUUCUAUUUGACAAAAGAUCACUCAAGAUAUUGAAUAUUUUUUCAUCAGCUUUGGUACACUGUAAAUGAUAUUUCUUGAAACGGCCUCACACAGGAAGCACAUCUUUCACAAAGAAAAACACGUAUAUUUGGUGUCUAGAAGAAUGAUAGAGAAUAAAUAUUUUGAAAUAUAUACUUAGAUAUCUAUAUUUUUGGAUGAUGUUGCUCUGAUUUGGAUUGUGCUUGAAACAAAUCAGACAGAGGCUUUGAUGUGACAUGAUCUUUUGACUUGCUCCGUGGCUGCUUUAUGUUCUAGCAGUUCUUGAAAAGUGAGCAUUUUUACUAAUCAGCUGCAGCAAGCUUCAUUAAAACGUCUCGGUUACAGUCGACGGACGGACGUGUAAUCUUUUCAGCAUGAUUAUCAGGUGCAUUCAGAGGAUGAAGCAAGCUUAUGUACAUGUGUUAAUAUUUACAGAGCUGAGUCUAUAUGUUAAAUGCAGUCUUGGCUGCUUUGCAUUUAUUAAAUAUUAGAGUUUUUUGCUUUUUUUUGUUGUGAACGUAAAAGUCUGAUUUGUCAUUUGGAAGAUUUUUUGUGAGUAGAUGGAGUGUUUAAGUCGCACCACAAAAGACACACUUAGGAUGCUGCCACAGAGAUCUGACACUAUUCUGUAACAGAGUGAACCAUCUUACCACUGUUUUUUCUUAUUGUAGAUCUCUGUGGUUGCUGAAUGGUUGUUAUUAGAGAAUAAAAGUACACGGUUAGACAAUUCAUUAUCACUCCUUCACACAGAACAAUGAUGGCAUUAGAAAGUGUUCUUUUAUGGUGCCUGAGUAUUUUUUUUAUUUGGCUUUUUUUAAAGCUCAUAGAUUUGUUUGUCCCAGUGUUGGUUAUUUUUUGUUUGUUUUGUUCAUUUCUGUUAAUGAUAACCUUACAGAGCCUAUAAAGAAAAAAUAAGCUAGCUUGAAAUUGUUUCCUCCAUACAGAAAAAAGAAACACAAAUGUUUACAAAAUGUAAUUAACCAAAUAGUAAAUAUGCGUUUGAGAAUCAGUCUGUCUGUCCCUCAAAGUGGUCGCGAUAGAUUGAUUUAUAUUUCAUGAUUUUCUGUCAUUUUAAACUUGAAAAUGUUAUGACUGCUUGUUCUUUUUUUUCUGUUUGCUUCCUUUUUGAAAAAAAAAAUGAGAACAGUGCUCCCUCAGUUUCAAAACUACACAAUGUCUUUCUUCUCCAGCUGACUACUUCACCUGUCACUGAGCCUGAUCUUUUGCUGUUUAUUUCAUCUACGCUUUCACAUUUCCUAGGUGUUUCCCUUUGUAUGGACUUAGCUCAAAGAAAUUACAGCAGGUGGUGCUCACAUGGCGAGACUUAUAGCUACACAUGCUUCUUGUGAACAUGCUUGCGUUCACAUUUAGAACAACAAUAGAGUCUAGCUGUGAAAAGGCACACUACUCUUGACUUUGCACUACAAACCCAAUAAAAAGUGUAAUCAAAAGCUGUAUAGGUUGAUGACACAGUGCCUAUAAAAAGUAUUCACCCCCUUGGGUGUUUUCCCCUUUUAGUGAUUUUAUAAAUCAGUCAUGGUCAAUAUAAUUUGGAAUUUUUGACAAGAAAAAUAGUCUUUAAUGUCAAAGGGAAAACAAAGUUCUACAAAGACAUGUCAAUUAAAUAAAAAUAUGUAAGGUAAAAGAAGUGAGGGCAUCUGCCUGCAAGUCAGUAUUUAGUAGAUGCACCUUUGGCUUCAUAGCACUGAGUCUGUGUGGAUAAGUAUGCUUUCUGCAUACUGAAAUUUUAUUUUAUUCUUCUUUGCAAAACUGCUCGAGCUCUGUCA